CAUUCGUACAGUGAGCAACACAGCACACAGCACACAGCACAAUAUAGCAGAGUUUAGCUGAGUCUUUGAAUAUUUCGUAUAUUUUUAAAGCAAAAGCAAAAGAAAAACAGAAAAUCAACAAAAUGUACACAGUCGAGUACGAGAACAACAUGAACAUGAGCGCCGAGCAGAAGCAACAGAAGAAAGCCAGCUAUAGCAUUAAGCGUUUGCUGAAGCAACUCUUCAAACAACACAAUAAAUCACAAGCACAGAAGCAGCAGCAACAACAAGCAUUAAUCGAAAAUUUCGAGAAUACAAAGAAGGCCAACUCUCUGGAAUCACUCGAGUCAUUGGAGAAUUCACGCAAUGCCGAUCUGGAGUCUGAAGCUGAAUGCAUCUCUCUUGAGUCCACAGAGAAUGAUGCUAACGAGCGUUUGGCCGCCUCUUGCGAAUUGGAAGAUUAUGAAUUUGCCGAUAUCACCACCGUACCAGUACAUUUUCUACGCACAGCUCAUGGCACCUUCUUUUGGACCGCCAACAGUGAUAUGCCCGCUGAUAAUGAUCUUAUCGAACCAUUGUACUGCAGCACUGGCAAUCAAAUCGCCACAAGUCAAAUGCAAGAUCGUUGGGCACAAGCUUAGUUGGUGUGUGGAGCGUGAAGCGGAAAAGUGGUGGUGAUAGAGCAACGAUGAUGAUGUCUUCCAGAUCUACACAUAUUAGAUCAUGCUGAGAAACGAAAAGCUUUAUUUCUUUGUGAUAUUUUGAAAAUAUUUAUGUUGUAUUGAAAAGAAUUUUUAAAUUAA